AUGCAAAGCCUGGAGCCUGGCCAUGGCAGGUGUGAUGUCUUAGCUUUGCAAGUGUACAUCUUCUACGCGAUCGCAUUACAGCGUAACAACAGAUUCAUCUGCGGAGGAUCGCUCAUCUCUGCCACUUGGAUUGUUACUGCUGCCCAUUGUGUAGCAAGCAGCAGUAACCCUGCUAGCUACAAAGUAGUUGUGGGAGAUCACAAUCGGAAUGCUAACGAAGGAACAGAGGAGUCAGUUGGCGCCAAGCGAGUAAUUUCUCACCCUCAAUACAAUCGUCCUGGUAGACUGAACAAUGACAUCGCCCUGAUUGAACUCGCUGCGCCUGUGAAACUCUCUGCCAGGGUGAACCCCGUGUGCCUACCGUCUAGCGACUCAAAUGUACCCACAGGAUCAAAAUGUUACAUUACAGGUUGGGGAAAGAUUAAACAUCCGGGAAGUUCUCAUCCUAUUUUACAGCAAGCCAUGAUGCCGCCCAUCGAUCCAGCGAAAUGUCGGCAGAGGAUUCAAGCGAGUGGAGUCUCAAUAUCGUUAACUCCGCAAAUGUUGUGCGCGGGCGUGGACAAUACCAUUUUAAGUGGUUGCCAUGGUGACAGCGGAGGACCGUAUGUGUGCUUGAAUGCGGACGGGAAGACAUACACUUUACAUGGUGCAGUAAGCUGGGGUUCCUCCAGAUGCGAUGCUAAACAGCUUUUUACUGUGUUUGCUCGAGUGACGCAGUACCGAGCGUGGAUCAAACAGCACACUGGGUUAGGUGGAUGA